AAAAACAUUUCUCUUUUAUAUUUUUCCUUCACCAUUUUCUUUGUAUUCAACUCAGCUUUCUUCUCUUUUCCGAAACCCUUCUUCGCAUUCACUGCCCCCCCUCCCUCCCAUUUCCAGCUUGGAGCUUACUCUUCGCCGCCUCCCCGACGCACUCUCAGCUUCUUCCGACAAUCAGAAACAGGGGUUCUUCCCUAACCUACGCCGUAGCCGGCUUUUCAGAUCCACCUCAAGGAAUCGACGAAUUCUUUUGUUUUCUCUGGUUGAUUUCUUCUUCUGCCAAUGUUCAAAACUAAGAUUGCAUCACAUGUUAGAAGAAACAAACGAAAAAGAAAAGAAAGCUCACUUGUAGUUUACUUCGUUUUAAAAAUGGCAUCAAUUAGAGUGAUUUCAACUUCAUUUUGCCUUCAGGUUCUGGGUUGUAAGGGAUAGAGUUGUUGUUGUGGCACUUUCAGAGAGGGUUUGUGAUUUGACCAUGCAAAAUCUGCAUAAUUUAAUUUACCGUCUCAGUUCCACUUCUCUUGGAAAAAGUACAAAUACUUCAAGACUUCUAAAACAAAAUGUAGGAUGUAAUUUACUUGUUGAUUCAGUUUCAACAUUGAAGCAUGUUCAAGGAGCUUGGUUAACCACUUUGAGAGAGUUCUCUGCGAAAUCUGGUGGAUUUGGUGGAGGUGAUACUAAGAAUGAAUGGGAUAAAAGUGUGAGUGAACCGUUUCCUGGCCCGACAUCGGAUGAUUUAGGCUGGGAUUCUGUUUCCUCUUGGUCCACUGGAUUGACCAAAGAGCAUUUUGAUGGGGAGGCUGUUGGCCGCAAGGCUAGUGGAGGGGGUUUUUCGGAAUCACCCCAGUCUUCAAUAGUUUCUGGGUUGCAAGAGUAUGAAGACACAGUAAGGGAACUAGAGGCGGAAAACCGGAAAAGCAAAGUCUAUGUGGAAAAGUGGGGUGAAAGGAUGAGGGAGAUGAGCAUUCUUUUGAAACAAGUAAAAGAGCCUGGUGCUAGAGGAUCUUAUCUCAAAGACUCAGAGAAGGCCGAGAUGUAUCGCUUGCACAAGGAGAACCCUGAGGUAUAUACCAUCGAGAAGCUUGCUAAAGAUUACAGGAUUAUGAGGCAAAGGGUUCAUGCCAUUCUUUGGCUGAAAGAGCUUGAAGAGGAAGAGGAGAAAAAAUUGGGCCAUCCCUUGGAUGAUUCUAUUGAGCUUUUACUCGAUGAUUUCCCUGAAUUCUUUAAAUCCCAUGACCGAGAAUUCCACGUGGCUUCCCUUCCUUACAAACCUGAUUUCAAGGUUAUGCCCGAAGGUUGGGAUGGUACAACCAGAGAUUUGGAUGAAGUCCAUUAUGAGAUUUCCCAAAAAGAAGACGAAAUGCUUUAUAAAGAAUUUGUCGAGAGGUUAAAUUUCAACAAAAAGAAAGUUGCAGGAGAGGUCUUCUGCCACAAAUAUAGUAGGCGUCGUGCUGCAGAUGGGUGGAAAUUCACAGUAGAGAAAAUGGGACCUCGAGGAAAACGGGGAAGUGGUGGUGGAUGGAAGUUUGUCAGCUUGCCCGAUGGUUCAAGCCGGCCAUUGAACGAAAUGGAGAAGAUGUACGUGAGGCGAGAAACACCCCGCCAUCGACGUAAAAUCCUUCCAUGAUAAGUUUUGAGCAGUUGCCGGUCAUUUCGUUUGUGUAUUUCAUGAUAUAAAUAGUUUGAAAAAAACUGGAUAGAUCCACCAGGAUGAUUUCGCAAUUUUCUUGUUUGGCAUCAUCUGAAGUAGGAUUUUCUCUUUUUGUGACUGACCUGUUUUUGUUUGAACUUUCUUGCAUUGAUGUUGUAGUUUUCCCUGAUAGUUCAAUAUCUGCAUAACAGAUUUUUUGAAUAAUGUAGCCUGAGGAUAAAAAGGUUGGAGAAACAUAUUGAUAUAUAGUUGAAAGUUGAAACUUUCUUUUUAUUGCUUUA